AUGGACUCCAUCCCCAUCCCCGAUGUCCUCCUGGAGGAGAUCUUCCUCCGCCUGCCCAACCCAGACAUGCUCGCUCGUGCCUCUGCCACCUGCACCACCUUCCGCCGUGUCGCCAAAGGUCGUGCCUUCUGCCGACGCUUCCGCGCGCUACACCGGCCUCCCCUUCUCGGCUUCAUGGACGCGGCUGGAUCCCGCGCCGCCGAGGCGCCGCACCCCUCCGCCCCGCUCGUUGGCGCCCUCGCUCCCUGCGCCACCGAUUUCUCCUUCGUCCCGGCCGCCGUUUCUCAUUUUUCCUACUACGAGAAAGACGACGGAAAAGACCUCCGCUGGCGCCCCCGGGACGUCCGCAGCGGCCGCGUCCUCCUAGAUUGGAUAUCCCUCCACCCCCGCUUCACUAAAAGCUGGAGCUAUCGCGACGGCUCCGACAUAAGCAUCCUCAUGGACUCCAGGGAAUUCCUUGGGAGGGGUCCCUACCACGCGUGGACCAAACGGGAGAUGUGCAACGCCGCUGACUUCCACCUUGCUGUCUGCGAUCUGCUGUCCCGCGGGUUCGUGCUCCUUCCAACAAUACCCGAGGACCUCGCCGCCCUGCCGCAAGACCGCCUUCGGGCAUUCGAGCCCGUGCUCGCUCCGGCAAGCGGCGACGAGCCCUUCAAGGUGAUAUGUGUGGCAAGAUACAAGACAAAGCUCGUCAUCUUUGUGUUCCCGUCCACAACUAUGCAAUGGUGUAUGGUCGAGUCCCCUGUCGUCCCUUCUUGGCACGUCAUGUCCUGUUUUGACUGCGUGGGCAGCUGCUUCUACUGGACAGACCGUUAUGACUGGACUGACCAUUUGAUGGUGCUGGACACACGCACUUUGAGGUUUUCAACCAUCAAUUUUCUUACCGGCUACCAUAUGCAGCUCAGAGAUGCUGACCCAAGGAUUGGUCAUGGUCGGCGUCCGAAUGCAGUUGUUGUGGGUAGUGAAGGAGCCAUCGAGAUGUUUUCUCUUUUCUCUCAGCAUGGCUCCUUUUCUCUCCAUCAUACCUCUCUCCAGGAUAAUACUCAAGAAUGGAAGCUGGAGAAGAUCGUACAGCUGCCUGCGCAGCAGGGUCAUGGCUAUUCCAUUUCCACAGUGGGUGCAGCCGAGGGAUUCUUGUUCUUCCAAGGCGUUCCGGCUGGUGGUAAGCUUGAGAAUUUUGAUUGUUACUCAAUGGAGGUCAAGACCUAUGAGAUUACCAAGGUCUGUACAAAGGAAUUCUUUGAUACUGAACGAGCUCUCCCCUACUUUAGCUUCCCAUCAGUGUUAUCGGAACCAACUCUUUGA